AGAACAGUCUGUGGUCUGCAAAUACACUACGACGAUUCGAGGUAGCAUACAUACACUGAUAAGGUGUGACGCAAUAUGGACGAAAGCAUAACUUCUCGGGCUUCGCCAAGAUCUUUACACUCAAGAAUUGGAACGCCAGUUAGAUUCAUCAACCGUUCGAGAAGCCGUGUUAAAGUAUUAUGGUUAAAUUAUCAGGGAGAACAAGUUCUGUAUUCAACUCUUGAACCAUUAAACGGUCGUUACGAUGUGAACACUUACGUGACACAUCCGUGGAUAGCACGCGAGGAACCAACGAAUGCUGUUAUGCUUUUGAACUUCAGAAAAAUUUACUUUCCCGCGGCGCCUGAAGUUCGACGUAUAGAGAAUGAGAAUCGCAAUGUACAUGUCACAAGCGAAGUUGUCAUCACACCCAACGUGCCAUACACCCUUCAGGAGUGCUGUAAAGACCGUCUAAAGAAGAUUGUUCUCCCACAGAACAUCAGUCAACUUCCUCUCCCACAAACAAUCAUCAGACAAAUUGCACAGUCAGUGUGAUUGAAAAUUCUCAGUCUUUCAUUGUUAUCUGAUAAUAGCUGUUGCUUGAGGAAGGGAGGGGGGAAAUAAGGUGGGGGCAGGGGGGGUGAGCCUAAGCCAUGUAUUACACUGUGGUAGAACACAACAGGCAUUUGUGAACACGAGGGGAAGUGGAAAACACAAGCAGCAGGCAAGUGUUUUCUACAUUUCUCAAGUGUUCUCAAAUGUCUGAAGUGUUUUAUCAGUGUAAUACACGGCUUAGGCUUCUUUAUUUGUUAAAUAUAUAUUAAUUAAAAAUCAUAAAAAAAUUCUGUAUCGGGCUUAUAUAACAGAGACCAUCUGAUCAGAGAGACAUUGGGUUCUCAGAAAGUCCCGUCCACCAGCUAAACCUCAGGCUACUUCUGAACUGAACUUUGACUGACCUUGUAUCAAGACAGUCAAGGCUGUAGCUAAGGAGUGGGUACAUGGGGUCAGGGUCUGGUGAAUAUUGUCAAUUACACUAGCACUGUAGGAUAAAAAUUGAAGAAAGUCUUUGUCAUCCCUUUGUAUUCUUGAUGUUUUGUCCUUUUCCCCAAUUGUUUUUUUCUUUUGAAAUAUCUCCAAGAGAAGACAUAAAAUAGCACUUCAGACUCAAUUUCCAAAUUUUCUGGGGAGCAUGCUUCCAGACCUCCUUAGAGGCUUGUCUCUUCAGCAGUUGAAUCCGUGUCAGCAUUCUACUUCAUGAAACUAGCCCACAACUACCUAAAUUAGUUAGAACCCUGCUGUAAGAUGAUGAUCAUUAUCAUAUAACUGAGAAAAUUACUUCUAAUCAUCGUAAUUGGCUGAGAGCAGGCCAGAUUAUCGUUAAUUCUUAAUUUGCACUGUGGUGCAAAUUAACGUGCACACAUUUGCAAUUUUCUCAGUCAUAAAUAAGUCAUCGUAUAAAAGCUUGAGCAAUUAAGGAUUUACACUACUCGUGAUAUUUGAAAAUUCUUUUAAACUGCCCUUGCCUUUAAUUUUGAGAGAAUUUUCAAAUAUCACUCUUGGUGUAAAUCCUUAAAUUAUUGCACUUGCAUUCAUACAAUUAUUACCUAUACCCAUUUCCUUCUUUAAGUCAAUCAAGACAUCCACAAUUUCCUUGACCAUUUUAAUAAAUAUCCAUUUGGCAAACUAAACUGUACAUGUUGACAGGUUUUGUAAAUUUAUCUGGCAUUAACUAUGUGCUUACUUACAUCUAUAACAUUGUUGACAGCUGAGGAUAAAUCAUUUUGUGCCAACCUGUAUCAACCUCCCAACUCAAAUAUGUUUUGUAAUUGGAGGAGAAUGUGUCACGUGUCAUGGGUCAAAACUCACUAACUCCC